AAUUGCUGUCUGCUCAAAUACGAUUUCUUUGUUUUUCUUAAAAUUAAUAUUUUUCCAUCGUCAUACACGUAAGAUAUAACCGCUGCCUUCGUCAAACCCCCAAUUCCUUGCCGGAGCGCCGCCAUCCAUGGACAGGAUCUCCUCACUCCUUCCGCACGUUAAGUUGGAAAGGCUACCCAUAUCAACGCCCAAUCACCCUUCGUCGGAAUCAAACCUCAUCAAACAAGAACAACCAGACAUGACAAACACUAACACCGUCGAUAUACUGCCACCAGCUUUCAUAAAUUCCAUCAACGAAAUCCGCCGCCUCUCCACCGCCUUAUCCACAUUCCUCCGCCAAUACGACGAGUUACAAGACCACCUCAAUCUUAUCAAAUCAUCUAUUAACUCCAAUUUCCCAAAUCACCUCUUAUAUACCGCUAACCCUAACGAAUCAACCCUAACUUCAUUAGCAGAAACCUCUCGUACUCACACCAUAACCGCUGUUCAAGAAGCAACGGUUUCAGAACAAAACCCUAACGUAACCGCAACUAAUUGCGAACGGAGCCAUGAACACGUUAGAAAGCCUGUGAAACCCAAUUUAUCAAAGAAUCCUGAAGAAAUUAAUACACCGGAGAAGACUGAAGAAGUUGAUACUGGGAAGAAGACUGGAGAAAUCGAUAUCUCGAAGAAGUGUGCUGUUUCUGAUUUAGAAGACAUCUGUAAAAGGAUGUCUGGCCGGCACCUAAAGAAGUAUGUAGCGACACAUAUUUCUGACAUGAAUAAAAUCCGCCAAGAACUUCCAAAGGCAUUGAAAUUGGCCAAAGAUCCUGCAAAACUCGUUUUACUUAGCAUAGGCAGGUUUUUCGCAGGGGGGAGUAAAUCAUUCUCAAAUGGAUCAACGCUGAGUAUGACAAGGCUGGCUUCAGUUUUGAUUUUGGAGUGUUUUGUGAUGAUCAGCAGUGACAACAUUAAGAUUACAAAACAAGACGAGGAGAAUGCAGCACAAGCAGCUGAUGAUUGGAAAAAAAGGAUGAUCAAAGAAGGUGGAUAUAACACAGCGAAUGAGGUUGAUGCCAGGGGUUUGCUUCUGCUUAUCAGUGGGUUUGGGAUUCCAGAUCAUGUUUUCGGGAAUAACGAUAUUGUAGAUUUGAUUAAAGCCAGCAAUGUGAAGGGGAUUUCCAAUGCACUUGUUGGUUCCACCAUUUUCAUCCAAAAAGUUACAGAGCUAAUUGAUUGGAUGGUGAAACUUAAUAUGGAAAUUGAAGCUGCUGAUCUUGCUUAUACUCUGGGAUUGGAAGAUAAGUUCCAUCCUCAAACCAUAUUGACCACAUUCUUCCACAAUAAAAUAAAAGACAAACAACAUACGUCUUUAGAUCAGAUCAAGAACCAGUUAUCUGAAUUAAAAUCCUUAAGCAAAUGUUUGGAAUCUCACAACAUUGACCCAUCAAAUCUUUUUCCCGACUUUAAAAUCAACGAAAAAAUACAACAGCUCGAGAAAGAAACAGUCGAGCAUGAUUUGGUGGAAACACAGAAGAGGAAAGCCGAACCAAAAUUACAAGUACCAAAACGUAGUCGUGGAAACAUGCCACAUCAGCAGAGCCCCUAUCCCGCCAUUGAAAAUGGAGGUAUGCUGGCAGGUGUUCAUGGGGGACCCGUUGUGGACCACAUGGCUAAUGGUGGACCCUACAGUAGAUACAAUGACCCAGCCUUGAGCGAUAGGUCUCUUGGUCAACCUUAUUUUUCACAACCUUAUUCUCCACAACCUUCAUCGAGUGGUUUGAUUGGUUUGUAUGGUGGACCACCGGGUCGGGGAUUUAUAGAAUCGUUUCCCGAGUUGCCAACGUUCGCAAGGCGGGGCCCAGUUUCGGAUCUUUACAGUUUUGCUGAUAAGGCUUGGAAUGCUCUUUAA